AGCGCGCUCGCAGCCUCACUGCGCUCACAUCCAGGCCCCGCGAGGCCCCCGCCGCCCGCUGCCCUCGCCCGCGGCCACCCCGCGCCCGCCCCGCGCGCCGGGCAUGUGAGCGCGGGCGGGCGCCGCCACCAUGGCCUCGCCGCGCGCCUCGCGGUGGCCGCCGCCGCUCCUGCUGCUGCUGCUGCUGCUGCCGCUACCCGCGGCGGCCCCCGGGACGCGGGACCCGCCGCCUUCCCCGGCCCGCCGCGCGCCGAGCCGGGCGCCCCUCGCGGGCGCGGGGCUGAAGCUGCAGCUGGAGCGCCGCCCGGAGCGUGAGCCGCCGCCGCCCACGCCGCCCCCGGGCCCCAGCCACACCGCCCCUGAGCCGGGCGCCGCGACACGGCGAGGACCCUCCGGCCGGUACCCCCGAGGCGGGAGCGCGGAUGCUGCGUGGAACCAUUGGGCAGAAAGUAACACUGAGCCUCAUGUAGAAAACAUCACCUUGUAUCAGAAUCAAGAGGACAUUUCAACAGUGGCCUCCAAAGAGGAUGUGAUGAGUCAGACCUCCGGGAAGAGCCACGCUGCUUCGGAUGCUCCAGAACACCUCACUCUGUUCACUGAAACAGCAGAUGCUAGAGGAAGGAACGGCUCUUCAAGUAGAACAGACUUCACUAUUUCGCCUGUUGGGUACUCGCUGGAGAUAGCAACAGCUCUGACUUCCCAGAGUGGUGCCUUAGCCUCGGAAAGUCUUCACCUGCCAUCGAGCAGUUCGGAGUUCGAUGAAAGAAUUGCCCCUUUGCAAGCAAAGAGUGGAACAACCUCAGAGAUGGGAACAGAGAGGGCGAUGGGGCUGUCAGAAGAAGUGACUGUGCACAGCCGAGAGGCCACGACUUCAGCUUCGAGCCCAUCCUCUCUUCCUGCUUUGGAGAUGGGAGAACUGACCACGCCUCCUCAGAAGAGAAAUUCUUCAGGACCAGAUCUCUCCUGGCUGCAUUUCUCCAGGACACUGGCUUCCUCUCCUCUCUCAGACCAUUCCUCAUCUUCUGGAAGUACAGAGCAGCUUAACAAGUCCACUGGCCUCCAGAGCCCCUCAGUCAGUCAAACAAAGACAAUGCACGUUGCCACCGUGUUCACUGAUGGUGGCCCCAGAACGCUCCGAUCUUUGACAGUCAGUCUGGGACCUAUAAACGAGACCGAGGGCUUCCCUGAGGACUCCAGAAUUGCCAUGACUUCAGCCUCAGUCCAUCCUUCACCCUCUGCAGUGGAAUCGAGAAGCAACAGAGGAGUAACUAGGAAUCCAGGGGAUGGGGAAUUUAUUGAACCAUCCACGGAACAUGAAUUUGGACGUACAUCUUUGCAUUGGCAAAAUGAUUCCCCAACCUUUGGAGAACAUCAGCUUUCCAGCAGCUCUGAGGUGCAAAAUAGAAGUCCCUUGUCUCAGACUGAGACUGUGUCUAGGUCAGUCGCAGCCAUGAGAGGUGGAGAGAGCACUGCACGCUGGCCCUUGACCAACAGCGAGACAUCUGCAGAUGUGACAGCAAGCUCUGCUUCAUAUCCUGAAGGUGUGAAUGCUUCAGUGUUGACCCAGUUCUCAGACUCGACUCUACAGUCUGGAGGAAGUGACACGGCAUUGGGAGAUAGGAGUUACUCAGAGUCUUCAUCUACAUCUUCCUCAGAAAGCUUGAAUUCAUCACCACCACGUGAAGAACGUUCAAAUGCUGCGUGGAACCAUUGGGCAGAAAGUAACACUGAGCCUCAUGUAGAAAACAUCACCUUGUAUCAGAAUCAAGAGGACAUUUCAACAGUGGCCUCCAAAGAGGAUGUGAUGAGUCAGACCUCCGGGAAGAGCCACGCUGCUUCGGAUGCUCCAGAACACCUCACUCUGUUCACUGAAACAGCAGAUGCUAGAGGAAGGAACGGCUCUUCAAGUAGAACAAACUUCACUAUUUCGUCUGUUGGGUACUCGCUGGAGAUAGCAACAGCUCUGACUUCCCAGAGUGGUGCCUUAGCCUCGGAAAGUCUUCACCUGCCAUCGAGCAGUUCGGAGUUCGAUGAAAGAAUUGCCCCUUUGCAAGCAAAGAGUGGAACAACCUCAGAGAUGGGAACAGAGAGGGCGAUGGGGCUGUCAGAAGAAGUGACUGUGCACAGCCGAGAGGCCACGACUUCAGCUUCGAGCCCAUCCUCUCUUCCUGCUUUGGAGAUGGGAGAACUGGCCACGCCUCCUCAGAAGAGAAAUUCUUCAGGACCAGAUCUCUCCUGGCUGCAUUUCUCCAGGACACUGGCUUCCUCUCCUCUCUCAGACCAUUCCUCAUCUUCUGGAAGUACAGAGCAGCUUAACAAGUCCACUGGCCUCCAGAGCCCCUCAGUCAGUCAAACAAAGACAAUGCACGUUGCCACCGUGUUCACUGAUGGUGGCCCCAGAACGCUCCGAUCUUUGACAGUCAGUCUGGGACCUAUAAAUGAGACCAAGGGCUUCCCUGAGGACUCCAGAAUUGCCAUGACUUCAGCCUCAGUCCAUCCUUCACCCUCUGCAGUGGAAUCGAGAAGCAACAGAGGAGUAACUAGGAAUCCAGGGGAUGGGGAAUUCAUUGAACCAUCCACGGAACAUGAAUUUGGACGUACAUCUUUGCAUUGGCAAAAUGAUUCCCCAACCUUUGGAGAACAUCAGCUUUCCAGCAGCUCUGAGGUGCAAAAUAGAAGUCCCUUGUCUCAGACUGAGACUGUGUCUAGGUCAGUCGCAGCCAUGAGAGGUGGAGAGAGCACUGCACGCUGGCCCUUGACCAACAGCGAGGCAUCUGCAGAUGUGACAGCAAGCUCUGCUUCAUAUCCUGAAGGUGUGAAUGCUUCAGUGCUGACCCAGUUCUCAGACUCGACUCUACAGUCUGGAGGAAGUGACACGGCAUUGGGAGAUAGGAGUUACUCAGAGUCUUCAUCUACAUCUUCCUCAGAAAGCUUGAAUUCAUCACCACCACGUGAAGAACGUUCAACCUUGGAAGACAGCCGAGAGCUGGACGGAGUACUAGAUGACACUUCUGACAGAGCAGAGAACAGAACUUCUGGGGUGCCCUCUCUUGGCACUCACACUUCAGCUACUGUCACUGGAAAUGGGGAACGCACAGUGCGGUCUGUCACCCUCACCAACACCAGCAUGAGCACAACUUCUGGGAAAGCAGGCAGCCCUGCAGCAGCCAUGCCUCAAGAAACAGAGAGUGUCUCUCUGCAUGUGAAUGUGACGGACGAUGUUGGCCUGGUUUCACAGUCACUGGCCGCCUCCAGUGCCCUUGGAGUCACUGGGAUUAGCUACGGUCAAGUGAGUGGCACAGCUAUUGAACAAAGGACUUCCAGCGACCACACAGACCACACCUACCUGUCAUCUACUUUCACCAAAGGAGAACGGGCGUUACUGUCCAUUACAGAUAACAGUUCAUCCUCAGACAUUGUGGAGAGCUCGACUUCUUAUAUGAAGAUCUCAAACUCUUCACAUUCAGAUGAUUCCUCCUUUUCUUACGCUCAGACUGACAGAAGUAACAUCUCAUCCUAUGACGGGGAAUAUGCUCAGCCUUCUACUGAGUUACCGGUUCUGCAUACAUCCAACCUUCCGUCUUACACACCCACCAUUAAUAUGCCAAACACUUCAGUUGUUCUGGACACUGAUGCUGGGUUUGCUGGUGACUCUUAUUCUUCCUCCUCCUCCUCCUCCUCCUCCUCCUCCUCCUCCUCUGCUGCUGCCUCUUCUUCUUCUUCAGGGCCUCCUUUGCCUCUGCCCUCUGUGUCAGAAUCCCACCAUUUAUUUUCAUCAAUUUUACCAUCAACCAGAGCCUCCAUGCAUCCGCUAAAGUCUACCGCUGAUGCACCCACACCAUUGUCUUCCUCACCUUCACCUUUACCAGUAUCCUCAACAGCAUCCACAUCUGCCGCACUUUCUGUCUCACAAACACCCUUACCACCGUCAUCUUCCACCCCAGUCCUGCCCAGAGCAAGAGAGACUCCUGUGACUUCAGUUCAGACAUCAACGACGACAUCAUUCAUGACAAUGCUCCAUAGUAGUCAAACCAUAGACCUUAAGAACCAGAGCACCCUACACCAAGAGAAAAUCGUUACAGAAUCAAAGUCACCAAGCCCAGUGUCUCUGCCCACAGAGUCCACCAAGGCUGUAACAACGAGCUCUCCUUUGCCUCCAUCCUUAACAGAGUCCCCCACAGAGCAGACCCUUCCAGCCACAGGCACCAACUUAGCGCAAAUGUCUCCAGCUUUCACAACCACCAUUCUGAAGACUUCUCAACCUCCUGUGACCACUCCUGGCACCCUGUCAAGCACAGCAUCUCUGGCCACUGGCCCUACAGCCUUACAGACUACAGCUGGAAAACAGCUCUUGCCGACCCAUCCUGAAAUUCUAGUUCCUCAAACCUCAACAGAUGGUGGCAUCAGCACAGAGAGGAACCAAGUGAAUGUAGAUGCUACCACCAGAUUGAUCCCUCUGACCAGUGUACCCACAUCAGCAAAAGAACUGACCACAAGGCUUGGCAUUACAGCAGAGUACAGUCCAGCUUCACAUUCCCUCGGAACAUCUUCUCCCCAAACCACAGACGUUUCCACAGCUAAAGCCUUGGCUCCCAAAUCUGCCACCUUUGCUGUUCACAGCAGCACAUGGUCAACAACAACGCUGUCCUCUUCAGCCUCAGUCAACAGCUGUGCCAUAAACCCUUGUCUUCAUGAUGGCAAAUGCAUCACAGACAACACCAGCCGUGGCUACCACUGCAGGUGCCUGCCUUCCUGGCAAGGGGAUGACUGCAGUGUGGAUGUGAAUGAAUGCCUCUCGAGCCCCUGCCCAUCCAUGGCCACAUGCAACAAUACUCAGGGAUCCUUUAUCUGCAAAUGCCCAGUUGGGUACCUGUUGGAAAAAGGGAUAUGCAAUUUGGUAAGAACCUUCAUGACAGAGUUUAAAUUAAAGAGAACUUUUCUUAACACUACUGUGGAAAAACAGUCAGAUCUACAAGAAGUUGAAAAUGAGAUCACCAAAAUGUUAAAUAUGUGUUUUUCAACGUUACCUAGUUACAUCCGAUCUGCAGUUCACGCCUCUAGGGAGUCCAAUGCGGUGGUGAUCUCACUGCAGACAACCUUUUCCCUGGCCUCCAAUGUGACGUUGUUUGACCUGGCUGAUAGGAUGCAGAAAUGUGUGAACUCCUGCAAGUCCUCUGCUGAGGUCUGCCAGUUCUUGGGAUCUCAGAGGCGGAUCUUUAGAGCGGGCAGCUUGUGCAAGCGGAAGAGUCCCGAAUGUGACAAAGACACCUCCGUCUGCACUGACCUGGACGGCAUCGCCCUGUGCCAAUGCAAGUCGGGCUACUUUCAGUUCAACAAGAUGGACCACUCCUGCCGAGCAUGUGAAGAUGGAUAUAGGCUUGAAAAUGAAACCUGCAUGAGUUGCCCAUUCGGCCUUGGUGGUCUCAACUGUGGAAACCCCUAUCAACUUAUCACCGUGGUGAUCGCAGCAGCGGGAGGUGGGCUCCUGCUUAUCCUAGGCAUCGCACUGAUCGUUACUUGUUGCAGAAAGAAUAAAAAUGACAUAAGCAAACUCAUCUUCAAAAGUGGAGAUUUCCAAAUGUCCCCAUACGCGGAAUACCCCAAAAAUCCUCGCUCACAAGAAUGGGGCCGAGAAGCUAUUGAAAUGCAUGAGAAUGGAAGUACCAAAAACCUCCUCCAGAUGACGGAUGUGUACUACUCGCCCACAAGUGUAAGGAAUCCAGAACUUGAACGAAACGGACUCUACCCGGCCUACACUGGACUGCCAGGAUCACGGCAUUCUUGCAUUUUUCCCGGACAGUAUAAUCCAUCUUUCAUCAGUGAUGAAAGCAGAAGAAGAGACUACUUUUAAGUCCAGGAGAGAGAGGGACUCAUUGCUCUAAGCCAGUCGCCUGGGACCUCUGUGGCUCAGAGGACUGCACCAGGAGGAGGCUGCACCCAGGAUUUGUCGGAGCCAUACUGAGUGGCAGGCAGGAAGAGGGAUAGGCAUGCGGGGCGUGACCACAGUGGAGGGAACAGGUGGAUGUGGAACCACGGGCUGCUCAUUCGGCACCUUUGUUGUUACUGUGAACAUGAAUGUGGGCCAGUAAGUACCAAGAGAGUCUCUCUGAGUGACCACACAGCACUGGCACCAGGGUGGCUAGUAGCCAGGGCACACCACUAGGCAUCAGUGCAGGGACCUGGUUUUCCCUUCGUUUGCACUUUAGUAAAUUGGGUGGGAGGUUUCCUUUUGGAUCUGUUUCAAGCCUCUUCCAGAAAGAAGGCUUCCUUACCUGAGACACUUCCACAAGCAGCAAUUUGGUGAUUCCUUUGCAUCAAAAUUCUAGCUUGUUAGUUACUUUCGUGCCCAGUGCCUGUGUGCUAAACAACAGAUGAGGAUGAGCAUACCACUUAAGUCUGAAGAUGUCACUGUUGAAUGGACGGUGUUUUAAUAUGUUUCUCGAUUGUCUUAUGCUACAGUUUCCAAGCCAAUCCCACAAUGAGGAAAUGAAAUGUAUGAGGCACAGCACACAACUGCAAUGUGUUUUUUUUUUAAGUGUAGGUCUUAAAUUUUAUUUAAGACUUUUGUUUAAAAUCUCUUUGCAGUUAAAUCUCACUUUUUCAAACAAGCCUGGAUCAGGGCAAAACAGCUGAUACUUGGUUUUAGCUGGAGGCUCGGGAGGCAGAUUGCAGGCAGAGGGGCAGUUUUCAUCAUGAGGGCACAGCCUGGGGCCUGGGGCUCUGACCACCACCAUGGAGGUCAGAGGCAGCUGUGUAUGAAGGAGAAUCAAACUAGAUGCAGGUUUCAGCACUACAGGAAAGCAGCCUGGUGAGCCCCCGCAGCUGGAUGUGAUUAGACGGAUGGCUGAAUCAGCAGGUUGGAGUUCCUGCAUCACCAGUGCUUUGGGAAGCUGCGGGGAUUCCUCAGGAAGCACAGGGAACUGAGAUGGAGCCACACGUGAGUUUGCUCACCUGCUACUGCAUACUUUGUCCCCAGAAUCUCGUCCACAAACCCCAUGUAAACUUUCAACCACGCAAAGAUGUUUACUUGGCUGAAGAAGUAACUUAUUUUUUCUUACCCAGUCAUUCGCACCUCUUUAUGUGGCUGUGUAGCGCCCUCCACACCCAGGGUUAUACUUCCAGUCAGCAUGGGAGAACUGAAGACUUCCGGUUGCUCGAGGAUCUGCGAGUUGACUUUUGAGAAGGAAGUUCACGUGUCUUAUUUAUUACCCUCGUGACGUGGGUCCUGCCAGGGAGACAUCCAGUACUCAGUGUCUUUAAUUGCCACCUGUGGAACUGUUUAUUGGCCUGCUUUGGGGCAUCCUGGUUUUGGUUGAAUGGAGAGGAAUACAGAGAUAAAAGAAUGUCUCCAGCCUGAAGCGGAGCCCCGCAACACACACAUUCCUGGAAAUGGUGCAGCCACUGGGGACAAUUCUGCCCGAGUUGGUUGUUUCUUCAAGGUCCUCUAAUCUCUUCACAGCAUAUGUAAUCCCUGCUCUUUGCAUAAUCCUUGGCCGUGAUGGUUUUAAGCACGCACUCCUGUGUCCCGUGGUCUCCCAUCACUCACCAUUAUCUUGCUCUAACAAGAGCCCUCGUCAGGUGAGGUGCAUUUUCGUAGUUAAAUUGCACUCAUUCAUGAGAGAAAUAAAAGAAGAGCUGUUUUCGUCACUGGAGGCUAACCUAAAAUUUCAGAGCACCGCCUUUUUGAAAUCUUGGACCUUGCCUCUCUCUUUCUGUAGAACCAAUGGCCCUUUGUGGCUCAGGGCCUCACACCUAACUAGAAAGCUCCAAACUCCUGCAGCUCACCUGAGCUCACAGACUUGGCUUCUUGGCUCCUUCCGCAGCAUCCCUGCUCAUUCCUCAGGACCCGCAGCUGUGGGAAGAGCCACGUAGGAAGGCUAUUCGCAGGCAUACAUUUCUGCCGCCUUCAGCUGACAUAGCAGCUAACAAAUCAUCUCCUCUGUCGGAGCCAGAGCCUUCAGCUCUACAAAAUGAAGUGUUCGGUCCCAAAAGCAUUCUUGGGAAGAAUCCCAACGUCCAGAAAACGGUGUCCUGUGAGUUCCCAGAAUGCUUUCUUGUUUAUGGGUUUCGUCUGUAUGGAGUGGAUUAAGAGUGUUUUGUUUUGUUGUUUUAACUGAGAAAAAAAAGGGGGGGCACCCUCAAGAUUGAGUUCACAUGGUCUCCAGAGUUUCCAGGGGGUGCGUGGGGGUGGGGAAGGCACCUCAGGCUCUUAGGGGGCAUGAGUAAAGCACGGCUGUGACCCAGGGAGGAAGGGAGAGGCCAGCUUCAUGCCUGCUUGGGGUUCCUAACUGCAGAAGGAUCCCGCCUAGGCCGAGGGGAAAUACCUGGUAGCGGAAGAGGUCUGGAUGAACAGCUGGCACGCCGAGGCUCUCUGCCCAGACACAGUGCUCCGUGGCAGCCCCGGCAGCUCCUGCAACUGGGGUGCACAGAUGCCACAGUCCUGCACCGAUGUCCCACAGCUGGGGGAAGGUGAGAGGAAGGGGAAAGUGAUGCAUACCUGCUCAAGAGAUGCUUAAACCUCUGUAGAGAAGAGCCAGGCCCAGGGGCACCUGUGUGUCCCAUAACACCACAGCAGGAAAGGGUGGCUGGCUGGCUUCGCGGCGUCAGUGGUUUGGUUUAAGCUCCAGGGGUCUUAUUGCCAUUGUCUUUUCCUCUGCCCCUUGAGCCAACCCAAGGCCCUGAAGUCUGUUUCUUUAGGCGGAUGAAUUGGCAUUCUCCUACUAUGACCAGGCUCUGGGAAGGGCUUCUCACAGCACUCUCAAGAGGUGGGCAUGGGAAGUGCCCAGUUCUCAGAUACAAAAACAUUCAGAGAGGGUAAAUAACUUGCCUUGUAGAGGCAGGACCGAAACCCUCAUCUGCCUGACUCCCCCUGCUGCUCUGCCCGCUGUAGCCCCCUGCCUCGCUGUCUUGGCACACAACUCACCAUGCUGUGUUCCUUAAAUAUCAAAGAGGGCAAGAGAGAAAGGACCUUAAAAAUAAGUUGUUUUUUUUUUAAGGAACCUUAUUAUUAAGGAGUAACUAAACUAAUGACAUGAAACUUUAAAAAAUGCUGAAUACCCUUUUGAAAAUGUCCUUUCAGUUUGGUUUUUACAUGUAUUUCUCAGACACUUGUCAUGAAGAAAAUAGUGGCUGGCUUGUGCUGGCACGUGGCUUUGGCUAUAGGAAGUGAAAGUUGAGGACCUGGUUUCUGACGUACGUGCAUGUCAGACAUACACAUCCGUCUGAGGGCUGCUGGCCUUGUUCCCAUGGUAAGGCCAUGGCUCCCACAUAGUGGAAGCAUAUUUUUCUGAAGGGUUUUCAGAAUUGGGAACAUAUUUGGUGGAAUGUCUUAAACGCAUCUUCCUCCUUUGAGGGGAAGUAUAUUUUCAGAAGCAGCUAAAUCAUUUAGAGUCAAAAUUGCUGUUAGGUGAUUAAUUCAAGCUGGCUGAUGGUAUCUGAGGUCAAACACUAAGAUGUGACGAUUGAGUUCUUAAAGAGGUAACUCAUAGUGGGCCCAAGGGAGAAGGCAGCAUCUUUGGUCUCUUAGCCUGGAUGGCUACCUGAGAAUAUGCUGUUGAAGGAUGACACCUAUACAGAUGUGAAAGUUCCCAGAGCAGGCACCUUCAGGCCACCCUCACAUUUGGCUUUUAGGUGCCUGUGUAAAACUGCCCUGCCCCCUGGUGAAGUGCCUGGGUGUCCUGUAAGCCGGUUUAACUCUGCCUGAAGGAGAGGAGCUACCCAGUCCAGUUAUACUUGGCUAAGUUUUGCCUAACACACCCAAAACUAGGGUUUGGACCCAUAGUUCUAAAACACACCAGUUUUGAGACUACAGCACUUCUCUGGAGAGAGGAAGAAUGUACAGUUCAGUAUUUCAAUGUUUUGCAUUUUACUUGAAAUUACCCUUAGUAUCAGAUUUUUUUUCCUAUCUGAAACAUUUUGUGGGGAUGAGAAGGGACAUUUCAUUUCCUCCUCGACGAAGUGUCAGUCUGAGGUUCUCAUGCAUGUUUCUGGAAACUUGUAGAGUUUGCCUUUGAGUAUGUUUUCUUUCUUUUUCUUUUCUCAAAUCUCCAAGGAAGAGAACUGACUAAAAUAGUAGAAACAUUAAAGUAUUAAAUGCCAAUUAAUUUGUUGCACUAAAGUAUCUUCAUUAGCAUUACACUUCAUCACAUCUGGUGUGAACUGUCACAGAAAAACCUAUGAAACCAAAGGGGACCAUUUAGGUCUAUAAAGAGACAGGUCUGAGACUAGCUCUGUCACCUGGGCAUUUUCAAAGAGAACAUUUUGGAGAAUUUGCAUAUUCUGAUUUUUUUUUUUUAAUGCGCUUAACACACUUCAUUACAGAUUUCUUGGGUAGGGAGGAUGGGAUAGGCCAGGGAUGGGAUGGAAUCAGUUCUGCCUAGGAAACUAAUCUGACUCAUUUACCUUUCUGUGUUAACCUUGGCCUGUCCUGAAAAGAGAAUGACUGUUUCACCAUGAGUUGCUCUGAGUUUUGUUAAUGUUUUGUGUUGCUGGUUUGAUGGUUGAAUGAAGCAUGUAGCUGGAAUAGGAACUUUCAGAGUUUUCGCGUUGUCCUGGAUUUCUCUUUGUAAACCUUUAAACCUUAGCCCCUGAUUGAUUGUGUUAAACCCAUUAUGAGAAUGUUAUUUAAAGUUGUAUUAUAAUUGCAACCUCCACUAAUUAUUCAGUACUGUAGCAGCAAAGUAUUAUUUGUAAGAAUUUGGUUAUUUUUAUACGUAUAUCCACUAUAAGUCUGGCGUUCUAGUCAGUAAAACGAUGCAAUAAAAUUAAUAUCAUUUUC